AUGACUCUCAUUACCACUCCUGGGGCGUCCUUGAUUGCAGGUGUCUUUCUCUUUAUCAUGGCAAGUUACACUCUGGCAACAUCACUCUCAUCACCUUUACGUCGCUUGCCUGGUCCUUGGUACACACAUUUCACACAUUUGAUUCUCAAAUUCCACAUUGUUACGGGAAACAGGAUACAUUAUGUCCAUUCACUUCACCAGAUAUACGGCUCCGUUGUCCGUCUUUCCCCUCAUGAGGUAUCUGUGAGUGACGUAGAAGCUGUUUCGGCCGUGCAUAAGAUUGGGGCAGGGUUCCUCAAGUCCGCUUGGUAUGAUGGCAUUACCCCGGGCCGCGAACCGGGCAUUUUUGCCAUGCGUGAUCCCCAUCAGCAUUCAGCUCGCCGAAGACUUUUUGCUCGCGCUUUCAGUAACGGCUCCUUGCUCACCAAUUGGGAGCCCGAGAUCAGGAAAAAGACUGGCCUUGCUGUCCAGAAGAUAAAGAAUGAUGCUCUCGGAGAUGGCGCUGAUGUGUUUAAGUGGUGGACGCUUAUGGCCACAGAUGUGAUUGCUCAUCUGUCUUUCGGAGAGUCAUUCCAUAUGUUAGAACAAGGCAAGCAAACACAAUAUAUCGACUCGAUGCAGUUGGCCAUGAUAAGUAGUGGCAUCAGAACUGAGCUCUCGUGGAUCUACCCUUUUCUGAAAUACAUCCCUUCCCAAAGUUUGAAGACUCUGCUGAAUGCCGACAACGUCAUUUAUGAUCAUGGCACUAUAGCCGUUAGAAAUAUGCAAAGUGCCGGAGACGGAUUAAGCAGGGACAAUCUGUUCAGUCAGAUGGUAGCUGAAGCUGAUGGCCAAGAAAAGACAUCACUCACAUCAUCAAGUGUACAGACAGAAGCAGGUAACCUCAUAGUUGCUGGGUCAGAUACGACUGCUGUCACCUUGACAUAUCUUGUCUGGGCUAUUCUCAAGCAGCCUCAGCUACAAGUUCAACUAGAGGAAGAGGUUUGCUCACUUAGUGAUGAGUUGUCAUUUGACGAACUCAAGAGCGCACCAAUCCUGAACAGCAUUAUCGAAGAGACACUUCGACUGUAUGGUGCAGCACCUGGUGCACUUCCACGUGUUGUACCAAGCAAGGGUGCCACUCUUGCUGGCCAUUACCUCCCAGGAGGUACUGUUGUCAGUACACAAGCAUACACGGUUCAUCGCGACGAGACUAUCUGGUCUGAUGCGGCAAGAUUUGACGGUUAUCGAUUCAUGGACAAAUCCAAAGUGACAGCUGCGCAGAAAUCAGCGCUAUCUCCGUUCGGAGCUGGCUCUCGAAUUUGUAUCGGUAUGCACUUGGCUUAUAUGGAACUGAGACUUGGAGCUGCACUAUUCUUUCGAGAGUGUCGUGGGGCUAAACUUGGUGCGGGGAUGACUGAUGAUAUGAUGGCGAUGGAAAACCACUUUUUAAUUGCACCCAAAGCUCAUAAGUGUAUAAUCAAGCUAUAG